AUGUCUCAAAAUCCGAAUAUGAUGGGCGGAAUGAAUCCAAUGGGACAUAUGCCAAAUGCCAUUUCUACACCCAACCUUCAACAAUUUCAAGGUCAGCAAAUUCAGCAAGGAGCUAUGAUGCAACAAAUGUCUCCACAAAUGCCAACACAGAUGCCUCCACAAUACCCACAAAUGGGUCAGCAGAUACCACCACAAAUCCAGCAGCAAAUGCAUCAACAGCAAGGAAAUCAAGCUAUUAAUCAAUUGAAAUUACAGCAAAUGCAACAGCAGCAACAACAGCAAAGACAGAUGCAACAACAAAUUCCUAAUUCAGCAAGUACACCCCAGAUGAAUCCAAACAUGUACAGAGGUCAAAUACCUCCAAAUAUGAUGCCAAGACCUCAAAUGCCACCAACUCCACAGAUGUAUCCACAAAAUCCUCCACCACAAUACCCACAACCUGAGAAGCCUCCAAAGCAGAAAAAGGAAGAGCUAGACUUCAAACCAUUUCCUACUGAAGCUUGGCUCAAUAGCCAGAAAGAGUUAGACCUCAGAGCUAUCACCAGGCUUAUGGAGCGUGCAAAUAAGACAGGAAUGAAUAUCACAUUCGACGAGGAAUGCACAAGAGCGAUAGUUCAAGCAUUAAAGAUUUAUAUGCAAAACUACUUACGAUUACUUGUUGUAUAUUCUAAAAGACGUAGGAAUGACCCUAUUUACGGCGAAAAAACAUAUACAAAUGUUCCAUUAUCAAAACUUGCUCUUCUUCAAGUAGAACGUGAGAUAAUAGACAACAGAUACCAAUUAAGAGAUUCAGAUCAAUUACUUCCGUGCUUAAAAUCCGAUUUUAUUCAAGCAAUUGCCUCAAGAAAACCACCAGCAGAACGUGAAGACUUCAUAAACAAAUUCCACAACCAAGACAACGACCAAGUCAUGACUCCAAUACAACAGAUUGAGAAUUUACCAAAAAUUACUCCGGAAAACCAGAUUACGACUUCUGACGUCCUUUUCGCAGUGGAACAACUGAAAUCCACGAGCUACCAGACACUUACAGACUUACAGUACCAAGUUGAGUUAAUGAAGAGAGGAAAUAGAAACUAA